CUCAUCGGAUCUCGCCUCUCGCCGCCAUGGUGUGGUGUAACCAUUGUGCGAAGAAAGUUGACGGAUUUCGCCCAGAAGGCGGUGCUUUGGCUUGCAAUAAAUGUGGGAGGAUAUUGGAAAACUUCAAUUUUUCUGAUGAAGUUACAUUCAUUAAAAAUGCCGCUGGACAGAGCCAAGCCUCAGGUAACAUAGUGAGUAGUGUUCAGAGUGGGAUUACAAGCUCUCGUGCAAGGAGAAGUCGAAUAGCAAGAGAUGAGCUUAUGAAUUUGAGAGAUGCCUUGCAAAUUGGUGUUGACAGAGAUGAUGUCGUUAAUAUGGCUUCCCGGCUCUUUGAUAUGGCAGCUGACCAAAACUUCACCAAAGGGCGCAGAUCUGAACUAGUACGCGCUAGCUGUCUCUACUUGGCUUGCAGGUAUAAGAACCUUGCUGUUCUUCUUAUUGAUUUUUCAAGCUACCUUCGAGUUUCCGUUUACGAGUUAGGUUCUGUGUACUUGAAACUCUGUGAACUGUUCUAUAUGGUGGAUAACCCGAACCGUGAGGACCUUGAGGAGCUUGUUGAUCCUUCAAUCUUCAUUGAACGAUUCAUAAAGAGCUUAUUGAAAGGUGAACAUGAUGAAGACACAAGAAAAAAAGUCAUAAAAACAACUACGAACAUUAUAGCUAGUAUGAAGAGAGAUUGGAUGCAGACCGGCCGGAAACCAAGUGGAAUAUGUGGAGCAGCAAUUUACAUAGCUGCCCUUUCUCAUGGUAUCAUGUGCUCCACGACAAAUAUUGCACACAUUGUGCAUAUGUGUGGAGCAACAAUAACCAAAAGAUUGAAUGAGUUUGCUAAUACGGAGGCUGCAAGUUUAACUGUUACGGAGCUCGAUAAAAGCGAAAAAAGUAUAUUGCCUUUUACGCCAAGACCAAAUUCUGACAAAGAAGUAGUGAACUGUAAACAUAAGGAAUCAAAAUGUUUUGGUUAUGGAUUAUGUAAGGACUGUCACGAAAAGUUCAUGAAAGUUUCUGGUGGAGUUGUUGGUGGGUCGGAUCCUCCUGCUUUCCAGCGAGCAGAGAAAGAGAGAAUGGAAAGAGCAGCUAGAGAAGAAAACGAAGGAGGAACUGAGAAAAGUGAAGGAGGAGAAACAUAUUGGAAUGCUGAAGCUUCGGAUGAAUCAGACAAUCUUUCUGACCUCGAUGGUGAUCCUGUGGUGGAUGGCUGUUUUCUUGACGAGGACGAAAAGCGAGCUGUGAAGAAAUCAUGGGAAUUUCUUAACGCAGACUGGCUUAAGGAGCAAGCAGCUAAGGAAGCAGCUCUGAAGACUGCUACUGAAGCUUUCAACGCGAGCAAUGCUAAUUGCCCAGAGUACGCUAGAAAUCUUGUUGAAGCUUCUAAAGCAUCUGUGACAAAAUCUAGAAAGGCAAAGCGACAAAAACGUGCAGAGGAAGCAAAGAACGCGCCUCCCGCAUCCACAGCUUUCGAAGCUUGUACCGGAGUGCUUGAGAGCAGGGGAUUAAUGAAGCACUUCAACCUCGAUAUUUUGAAAGAGCUCCUUGAUCCUGCCACAUAUAAGGAAGAUGAAGAAAUUCCUGAAGAGGAUGAAGAACAAGAGAAGAAGUAA